GACCUUUAUCAUCAUCAACAUGGCUGCCCCAGUAGACGUUCCGAGCCCGUACAGAGGCGUAUCCGCCCCGUAUCGCACUAUACUCGGCAUUGACCUCGGAACAACCUCCGUCAAAGUUUCCCUAGUGGACAUGGACUCUUCCACGACCGUUUUUUCCACGAGUCGGGAGACUGAAGCGACGAUAGGCUUUCCGACGGAUCCGCGAGGCGACGAACAAGAUGUCGCCAAGAUCCUGACCUCGCUGCAAAACUGUGUGGAGAAGAUCCCAGAGGAGCUCGCUCCUGGGGUAACCCGCAUCGGGGUGUCCGGGCAGAUGCACGGGGUGAUGCUGUGGAGGGCCCGGGAGGGCUGGCACUACUCACCGAUGUCUCACCGCUUCGAGACGGGCAAGGUCAGCCGUCUCUACACUUGGCAGGAUGGCCGCUGUACACCGGAGUUCCUCCAAACGAUCCCCACUCCACGCGCGCACCUCCCCGUUGCUACUGGUAACGGCUGUGCCACGCUGUUGUGGUUGGCCAGGCACAUGCCGGAGGCUCUGGAGGGGUUUGACCGGGCAGGGACGGUGAUGGACUACCUGGUGGCGAUGUUGUGUGGGAUGGAGUUACCCGUGAUGUCCGUACAGAACGCUGCGAGCUGGGGGUACUUCGACUGUGGCAGUAGGCUGUGGAACAAGGAAAUUCUGGCGGAGACUGGCUUCCCGUGUGACCUCCUACCCAGAGUGCUGGACCCAGGGGAGAUCGCGGGAACCCUGAGGCAGCCAUGGUGCUGCGUACCGCCUCGUAUCGACGUGGGCGUGGCCCUGGGGGACCUCCAGUGUUCCGUACUCCCCAGUCUGGUGCACAUGGGCGACGCAGUCAUGAACAUAGGUACCUCAGCACAGUUGGCCUUCCAGAUGACAGGGGGGUUCCUACCCCCUCCCGCGGACCCCUCCUCCCCGGUACAGUACUACCCGUACUUCGGUGGGCGGUACCUGGCGGUGGCGGCAGCUCUGACUGGUGGGAACGCCCUGGCUUGCUUUGUCAAGAUGAUUCAGAGCUGGCUACAGGAUCUGGGAAUUCCUUCCAUACAAGAGGACUUACUGUAUGAACGUCUCCUGGCGUCGGCGCAAACAUCUGGCGACACCCCUCUCACCAUCGUCCCCACCAUAUUUGGCGAGCGACACAUCCCAGACCAGCGGGCAUCCGCGUCCAACGUCACCAUCGACAGUCUCAGCGUAGGCCAGGUCACGCGCUCACUCUGUAAGGGCGUCGCCGCCAACCUACACGCCAUGAUGCCACGGGAGUUCCUGACGGAGUGCGGUGUGCAGAGGAUUGUGGGUACGGGAAGCGCGCUCACGAGAAACGGAAUCCUACAGGAGGAGUUAGAAAAGGCGUACGAUAUCCCGCUGGUGUAUUCUAAAACCACCUGCGGGGAUGCUGCGUAUGGAGUGGCAUUUGCCAUGUUGUUGGAGAUGCAGAAAAGAUGAAAAACACAUUUAAAAUAAUCUAAUAAUCGUUCUUCUUGCCAUUUCUUUCAAAAUAAAUUGAGCUUAUCAACGACUUGCUUUGCAUAGAAAUCUUAAUAGUUGAAACUAAUGAAUAAGCACAAAACCUAUGCAUAAAUCUUAUUAAGAGUAUUUGAUGGUAUUCAAAAACAAAAAUGCUAAGAAAUUGACCCCAACUACACGUUGAUUUUUACUGAUUCUAUAUCAACUUGAAGCGGUAAGAAAAAGUCAAUUAGCUUCCCUAUUUUCAAACAUGUUUUCUUUCAGUACCUUCUAGCAGUAGUAAUGUCACAUUUUAAAAAGGGGAAAUAUAUACAGAUGCUGCUAAGCUGAGUAAACUGUGUCAAUGUUUGAAAACGAAAACAUAUUUUCCACAGCUUUUAUUUCACAGGCUCUGGUGCUUUUAAUACAGCUGUUUUUACCUGUUGUAUAUGAUUUUUAAGAUUUCAUAGUGGCAUAAUGUGCCCCCAUUUACAACAAAUACAAACUGUGUUGUUAGUUGUAAAGUACUGAUCAGAGAGGCAGCUUGGUGGCUGUGUUGUCUUCAUUCAAAAUUGUGAUUCAGAUUUGUGUAUGAUUCAGAAAGAGCCAUAUCUCUAUCGAUGAACUGCAGGAAUCCAGAAUAGCCAUAACAUAUGCACACCAAUACUGUAAGGGCUAUUUUUUUAAGUUAUGUUUCUUUGAAAUUGUUUUUGGUGUCUAGCUGACUGUUUGCUAUAGUGUGUCUGUGCUAAUUUGGAUGCAGUAGAGUGGCAGGAUUUCACAUGAUACAUGUCAGCGACACUGACAGGAAGUUAGUUCAAAGGUCCCAGAAAAGGUUAUCUCAUUUCCUGCCUGUAAUUUCCUGCUAUCUCUAUGUCUAUUGCCUUACGAGAGCCAGUGUGAAAUUAUUAGACAGAAUCAGAAGGAUAAUAUUGACAAUAAUGAAUUCAUUGAAACAAGAAAUGCACAAAAAUUAUUAAUAUUUCACAGCCAUAAUAGAGAGUUCUUGUUAUCUUUGUAAUUUGUUGCAUCUUGUCUAAGUAGUUGGUGGGGACUACAGCUGGCAAAAAUUAAAAUGUCUCCAUAGUUUUAUGCUAGUUCAUUGAUGAAGUUGCCAAAAAAAGCUGCUACAGUGAAUAUGUCAAUAUAUGAAUAUGAUAUUAAGCACAAAGUUGGACUACAGUCAAAUCUGCCUGUGAAACUAUCAUUCAUGAUGAAAACUGUGAAAUAUUUGUGAUUGUUCCAAUUUUUUUCCACUCUAAAGCCAUGUAUUUGUAUAGAGAAGUUGUUGCCAAUGGAGGAGUGUGAUAUCAUAUUAGAUCUGAUAUUUCCAAUGUGUGUGUGAGAAAUUAUGACAUGCAGAUGAGUUGCAUUUUUUCUAUGGUUUGUGAAUUGUGGAAAUAGGCAAAAGCCAGAAUGCAUCAAAGUGUUUUAUGCAUAAUUAAGUACAGAAUAUGUCCGACAUAUUGUAGCACCAAGAUAUGCAGGUUGUGUGUGUUUUAAAAUGCCAUCUACAAUUUGUAACUUGAAAUUGAAAAGAAUGUAUACAAACAGAUAAUUAUAUUUCUGAUAAUAUAUAGUGCCAA